AUGGCCAGCCCAUCUGACGAAGAGAGAGUCGUGCAGCUUGCACAAAAGGCCGAUGAGAGCAUCAAGGCUGGCGAGUUGACUGUAGCAGCACGGCACUUGCGCGAAGCUGGUUCGAUUGCACCCGACCACCCACGCAUCAAAGAAGCAUGGAUUGCGCUGAACGAAGAGGAGGGCAAGAGUGAGUUCCUGGGGAUAUGCCGCGAAUGGGUACGGACCAAGGAUGCACAUGAUGGGGAAAAAGCACUCAAAACGAUGAGAUCGCAUGGCUUGAAGCAGGAGGAGGCAGAGCAGGCCAUGGACAUACUUUUCGACUUCAAAGGCGAAGACGACAUCCUCGACCAAGUUUCAGGCGAGCUUCUACAGAAUGUUGGGGCGCAAAAGUGGCUUGCCAACGCCGUUCGAGAGAAGCCAACGCGGAUUUACUACGAGAUGUUCGAACGAGGCGACGACUCCAUCGAUGGCUUACUAAAGGUCUUGCUCAACCGAGAUGUCUGGCCAGACGACGAAUCCUUCAAGACGGGCCACCGGGACAUCUUCAUGCUCAGCCUGGCAAUGAUGAUGGAGGAGGCUCUUGAGCAUCCGGAACGCGCCAUGAAGGGCAUCGCACAACUGCUUGCUCACUAUGCAGAGCACCUCAAAGGCAUCAUCGACGCCGACAGUUUCGAUGUCAUACUGGCAUCGCUUGACCUUCGACUGCCAACCAAGUUACGCAGUCAGGCUACACUUGCAAGUAUCAAGCUGUUUGAGCUUGCUCCGGACACUGCGGGAGAGCUCAUCUCGAGGUUCGUUACUUCCAAAGUGAAGAAGGGCGAGGCCAACGACCUCGUAAUCGCCUUCUCUGCGGCUGCGGCCAUCUUCCCAGUUGCUGUUACCGCUGCCGCCGCCCUUUUCUUGACAGAUGGCUUCGUCAGCACACUGGUGUCAAAGGUACAGAGCAAGAAGUCUCAUAACUUGGAGCAGGCCACUCUUGAACUUAUCAGUGCUGCAUGUGUAGACAAAAACUGCAGAGAGUCAAUCAACACAAAUUGUAGAGAGUGGCUGGAAGACAUGGUCGCCGAGUGCCCGAGCAAGAAGCGGGCCAACCUAGCUGCACUCAUUCUUGUCAAGCUGGGCGAGGAAGAGCCGUCCGAUGAAACACCUCGGAUUGUUAGGGCGGAGAAGGUCGACCAAAACGACCUGAUUGCGAGCUUCAAGUCGAUGGUUAUAGGGGGUGACACGUCCUCUAAGCAGGACUCGGUUGAGGGCCUUGCCUAUGCCUCCCUACAGCCCAAGGUCCGGGACGAUCUAUCCAAGUCGCCAAAGUUUCUCAAACGCCUUAUCGAGACCAUGAGCGAUGCUUCGUCACCAAAGAAUAUCAUAUUCGGCGGCCUCACCAUCUUUGUCAAUAUCACGCAAUACCAGCCCUUGCAGUCGGAGGAAGAGAAGCGCAUGGCGCAGCUCAAAGCCUAUGCGAAUGUGCAGAAGUCUGCUCAACCGGAUGCUCUUCUCAACGACGAGGAUGUCUCUAUACGCUGCAAGCGUGUUUUGGAUGCUGGUGUUGUACCACUCCUGGUGCAUGUGUGCAAGAACGGCUCGGCCUCUGUCCUCACACAGAGCAGCCUUAUCCUUCUUAGCCUGUGCAAAGACACCAAGAACCGUGGCACAAUGGCGCAGCAAGGUGCUGUUAAGUUGCUCAUUCAAAUCUGGGAACACAUUUCCGCGACGAACGAGUCCUCGACAACAGGCACCACGCCAUUCCCACCCACCGCCCUGCCCACGACUGCCCAAGCACUGUCUCGCAUGCUCAUCAGCAUCAACCCUUCGCAUGUCUUCAAUGCGGCGUUGCCAAGCACAUCUGGAAUCCGGCCGCUGAUCAGCCAACUGACCCGGACAGAAUCCACGACAUGGCAGCUCCACGCGUUUGAAGCAUUGCUGGCGCUUACGAACCUUGCUUCGAUGGACCGAAACACGCAAGAUCACAUCAUCCGGCAAUCCUUUGACACGGUCGUAGACGACUUGCUGCUGAGCCAAAACACGCUGGUUCGACGUGCCUCCACCGAGCUCAUCUGCAAUCUCAUGGCGUCACCCGUGUGCAUUGGAAACUUUGCAGACGGCUCCCCCCGCGCAAAACACCGUCUGCAUCUCCUCCUCGCCAUGGCCGACGUGGAAGACAGCGCGACGCGCUCUGCCGCCGGUGGCGCCCUAGCCAUGUUGCUGUCCGUCGACCUUGCCGUUGUCGAGUUCCUCAAGCAGGACAAGAACGUCGAGUGGCUGCUAGGUCUGUGCCAGGACGAAGACGAGGGUAUUCGACAUCGCGGCGUGGUUUGUCUGCGGAGCGUCGUAGACGUCGAAGAAGGUAAAGAAAAGUGCAAGAGUAAGGGUGUUGUGGAAACACUGAAGGUUGUGCUUAAGGAAACACGCAGCCAGGAGGUUCUUGCUGUGGGCGUCGAAACGCUGAAGAUACUGCUGGGUCAGUAAGCGGCAGGAUGUCUCUACUACAUGCAUUUCUGAUUUUUUUUUAUCGAGCAAGUGUUAACGACUCUUCUCC